UAUUUAUGCUUGAUUUUUUAUUAACACGGAUAGAAAGAGAGAAGAGAGGAGAGUGUUGUUGUUUCAUUCAUAUCUCACUAUCCCCUUCUUCUCUUAUUCUUCUUCUUCUUCUUCUUACUUAAUUUUGUACAUUCCUUAUAAACCCACGUAAGAUAUUCCUGUGUCUGUCUUUCUCUCUUUCCAUUUUCGACUUUGGUUCAUUGUUUCAGAGCACAAGAAGAAAAGGUGCAUAUUGGCAGGUAGUUGAUAGUUCCUAGAAUCAUGAAGCAUAAAGAUGGAAAACCGGUUUCCUUACCUGAUAGAAGGUCCAAGGUUGUUCCCAUGACAAUACUGCUUGUUGUAUUAUGUGGGUUUUCAUUCUAUCUUGGUGGGAUCUUCUGCUCCGAUAGAAACAGAAUUGAGAUCAGUGAUGUUCCAAAGGAUGUCGCAUCUCCUAAGGAAACAGCGGUUGCUCCUCUGCAGACUAAAUCCACUGCUUUCCCAGAAUGCAGCAGUGAAUAUCAAGACUACACUCCAUGCACAGAUCCAAGGAAAUGGAAGAAGUAUGGUCUUCAACGGCUUACUUUCAUGGAACGUCACUGUCCUCCGGUUUUUGAAAGGAAGGAAUGCUUAAUUCCACCCCCAGAUGGAUACAAAUCACCAAUCAAAUGGCCAAAGAGUAGGGAUCAAUGUUGGUAUAGAAAUGUACCGUAUGACUGGAUUAACAAGCAGAAAUCUAACCAGAACUGGCUGAGGAAAGAGGGGGAGAAAUUCUUGUUUCCUGGUGGGGGUACUAUGUUUCCUAGAGGAGUGGGUGCCUAUGUUGAUUUGAUGGUAGACUUAAUCCCAGAAAUGAAAGAUGGAACUAUUCGCACUGCCAUUGAUACUGGUUGUGGGGUUGCAAGCUGGGGUGGUGAUCUAUUAGAUAGGGGGAUUCUUACUCUUUCUCUUGCCCCAAGAGACAACCAUGAGGCUCAAGUUCAGUUUGCAUUGGAGCGUGGAAUUCCUGCAAUCCUAGGCAUAAUUUCCACACAACGCCUUCCAUUCCCCUCAAGUUCAUUUGAUAUGGCACAUUGCUCACGGUGCCUUAUUCCAUGGACAGAAUAUGGUGGUAUUUAUCUACUAGAAAUUAAUCGUAUACUCCGUCCUGGUGGCUUCUGGGUCCUUUCCGGUCCUCCAGUCAACUAUGAAAAUCGUUGGAGGGGUUGGAACACUACAAUAGAAGAGCAGAAAUCUGAUUAUGAAAAGUUGGAAGAACUUCUAACUGCAAUGUGCUUCAAGUUGUACAAUAAGAAGGACGACAUUGCUGUGUGGCAGAAAGCUUCAGAUAGUAGUUGCUUUAGUAAGCUUGCUAAUCCUGACGCCUACCCACCGAAGUGUGAUGACAGCCUUGAACCAGAUUCUGCAUGGUACACUCCGCUUCGUCCAUGUGUUGUUGUUCCCAGCCCAAAACACAAGAAAUCAGUUUUGGAAUCCAUUCCAAAAUGGCCAGAACGUUUGCAUGUUGCACCUGAACGCAUUUCAGAUCUUCACGGUGGGAGCGCUAGUACUUUCAAACAUGAUGACAGCAAGUGGAAGGUACGAGCAAAACACUACAAGAAGUUGCUCCCAGCCAUUGGGACUGAUAAGAUACGAAAUGCGAUGGACAUGAAUACAGUUUAUGGAGGUUUUGCUGCAGCUGUGGUUGAUGAUCCUUUGUGGGUCAUGAAUGUGGUCUCUUCAUAUGCUGCCAAUACACUUGCUGUGGUUUUUGAUCGAGGCCUCAUUGGAACUUACCAUGAUUGGUGCGAAGCUUUCUCAACUUACCCUCGGACAUAUGAUCUACUUCACCUUGAUGGCCUUUUCACUGCUGAGAGCCACCGUUGCGAAAUGAAGUAUGUGCUCUUAGAGAUGGACCGGAUCCUACGCCCGGGUGGCUAUGCACUGGUACGGGAAUCGAGCUAUUUCGUCGAUGCAAUUGCCACCAUUGCCAAGGGGAUGAGGUGGUCUUGCCGUAAAGAAGACACCGAGUACGGCAUCGAGAAGGAGAAAAUAUUGGUUUGCCAGAAAAAGCUGUGGUACUCCUCUAAUCAGAGUUCAAGAUGAUAUUAAAAGACGAAGAACAAAAGAAAAAGAAAAAGAAAAGAAAUAGAAAUCACAAUAGUGGCAGCAGCAAUCUCCUUCCAAAAUUGGCUGCGGGAGAAAAGCAAUAUAUAUUAUAAUAUAUAAAUCGGCAAAGUUGAAUACCUCGACCCACAAAAUGAAUUAAAAUUCUAUAGGAGGGGAUGAUCUUGUGAAUUGGAGAAUUAGUUUACACAAUAACAUAGUUUUGUUUUGUUAAUUUUUAUAGUGCCGAUAAAAGAUUAUAUAUAUAUAUAUAUAUAUGUAUGUAUUCUUUGCAAGGCAUCCAUGUAUUCUUGGCAUUAAUUGUUUUUCUUUUUUGGAGGGCUUUUGAUUUUUAUGUUCCUUGUAAAUGCCAAAUGAUAAAACCUCAAUGUGGUGGUUUGUGGGGAUUCAAGAAAGGCCUCACCAGUCCCCAUCACUCGCAUUAUGAAGCUGCUCCCUUCAUCAUAAUUUUUAUAUUCAAACUCUGUACCAGUGCAACAGAUGAUCCAGUGGAAAUAUUAUCUUUCUUUAGCGUUCAA